GAGAAUCUCAGGAACAGCUGACUCGGGAUAAGGGAAGAUUUACGAUAGUUUGGAAUUCGCGAAAGACUGAAAGACCGUGAUCUCGUUAGAUCCGAUUCGUUUUGGGGCGAGCGUACUCCACCCUCCGCGCAUGUUUCUCUGUCGAUCAACGUUUAUUUCAUUAUAACCGCAAGAGACGCGAAAGGCGGACACCGACAGCACGAGUUCCCGGGCAGCUGCACCGGCUGUAUCUUCCGCGCCGCGCGUCUCCCUCCCUCGCCACGUGUGACGCGUUCAGUUGCAUGCACUCUCUCGCUUUCGGGUGCAGAAGGUGUGGACGAGGGAGAGCGGAAGUGUUUCCACACGUCCGUGUAAACGCGUUGUAUUAACGCUCUCUCUGGGCGCGCGGACUGCAAGGAGAAACGAGAGAGAGAGAGAGAGAGAGCGCGAGGAGCGAAGAGGUGGGAUUCAUUACAAAAUAAGACCCGCGCGCUCUCGACGUUAAAGCCGACGUUUAAAGAUGGAAGCAAUGGACACGACCGUGAGCUCGCAUCCCAAAAGAAUGCACAACAGUUAUGAGGACGAAGAGGAGCGGAAGCACUUCCAGAGGAUCGUCUCCGCGUUCAGAUAUUACAAAACACACUCCCUGCUGAGAGUAAGAAAAACAGAGUCUUACUUCCUCAGCCUACCACAACAUCAUCAGAAGCUCCUGUUAAAGUACAGGGAGCACCUGCAGGAGGUCAAACGGUGUAUUGAAAACAACGACCAGAUCAUAAAGCUUAUAAUAAAAGACGUGGCUCAUAUAUUUGAAAAUGUAUGUCCAACCACUGCGCAGGUUGAUAAUAUGGGUUCGUUGCAGACACUAAAUCUAAGGCCUGUGAUGUCAGAUCAGGAGAAGGUGCAAGCUACCAUUAAGCAAUUGGUACGGGACUGGAGUGUGGAAGGUGCCGAGGAACGCAAAGCAUGCUAUCAGCCAAUCAUAGAUGAAAUAUUAUAUCAAUUUCCUUCGGAACAAUGUACGCCAUCGGACGUGCACAUCUUAGUACCUGGUGCAGGAUUGGGCCGUCUCGCCUUCGAAAUCGCAAAACGCGGAUACACCUGCCAAGGGAACGAAUUUUCCCUCUUCAUGCUAUUUGCGUCAAACUUUGUUUUAAACAAAUGUAGAGAUAUCAACUUGUAUCAAGUACAUCCGUGGGUACAUCAGUAUAUGAACAACUUGAAACCCGAGCAUCAGACGCAGGCGGUUUCCUUUCCCGACGUGAGUCCGAGCGAUCUUCCGGGAACCGCGCAAUUCUCUAUGACCGCGGGUGAUUUUUUAGAGGUUUAUACGGAAAGCAACCAUUGGGAUUGCAUCGCGACAUGUUUCUUCAUAGACUGUGCCAAUAACGUUGUACAAUUUAUCGAAACGAUUUAUAAAAUCCUGAAGCCGGGUGGCGUUUGGAUAAAUCUCGGACCGUUGCUAUAUCAUUUCAGCGAUUUGCCGAACGAAGAGUCGAUUGAGCCAAGUUACGAUGCUAUCCGCGACGUUAUUUUAGGCUUCGGCUUUGAAUUAGAGAAGGAACAGACAAAAGUGAAGACGCGUUAUGCCCAGAACAUAAACAGUAUGUUACAGUGUGAAUACAAUAGCGUGUAUUUCGUUUGUCGAAAACCUGACGAACAUGUAGACGGUGUGAAUCAUAAUCAGAAUGGGGGUGAAACUAAUAGUGCGCAAGAACAAGAAAACUGAAAAAAGCGUGGCGUUUUUCUUCUCGAAGAAAAAAAUGUGGAACGCUGAAAAGUUAUAAGUUUAUACAAGUUGCUUAAGUGCAGUAGUAUUUCACGAACUAUUGUGAUUACAUAAUAUCCAAGAUUUAUACUUUUUUUUUAUAUCUUUAUCUGUCUCAAUCUGUUCGAGUUUAAAGACUCAUUUCUUACAAGCAUGUUUUUCAAUGAUACUAUGAAAGACUUGUCUUCGUAACUUCAGUCUUUGAAGAUAAUAGACAAACUAUUUUUUUAAAAUUGAUUAAUGUACAACUGCAGACAGUAUCUAAUUUAAUUACAUUUUCCGUUCAUUGUCUCAUGAAUCGUUCAAUUAAAAUCAGAAGAUCAAACAUAUGUUUGACAAUGGUUUAUAAAUA